UGGAGGGGAGAAUUGUGCAAGUCGGGUGCUAUUUUCUGUUGGCACGUCCAUUGGGGAAACCUUUCGCAGGGGAAAAAGCCACAGAAAGGGGGCAUUGCGUCAGUGAGUGGAAUCGUUUUUGGCAGCGGUUGCCACACGGCGCAUGUGGUCGCCCUUUAUAACCCCGAUCCAGUGGGCAACCAAAGACAGUUCCGACAGCAAAGUCAAGCCACCAGCACCACCAAAAAUCCCAGGAAUACAGCAGCAAAUCUAGUCAUGGCCCUGAUCAAGAUCACCCUAAUCUGCUGCGCUCUGAUCGCCGCCAUCGAGUGCGCCCUGCUCCCAGCUGCGGUUCCAGUGGGAGUUCCUUUGAACACCGAGGUGGAUCCGCAUCCGCAGUACGCCUUCGCCUACAAUGUGCAGGACGCCCUCACCGGGGACAGCAAGAGCCAGCAGGAGGUGCGGGACGGGGACGUGGUCAAGGGAUCCUACUCGGUGGUCGAUGCCGAUGGCUCCCUGCGCACCGUCUUCUACACCGCCGAUCCCAUCAACGGAUUCAAUGCGGUGGUGCAACGCGGACCAGUUCCAGUUGCGGUGGCUCCACGUCCCCUGGUGGCUCCAGUGGCUCCCGUUGCUGCUCCUGUCUUUGGUUAGAAACUCAACAAAAGUAUCUGGGAACCUAGCUUUUACAUAACUUAUUGUCUGCUCCUUAGUCCGUUGUAAACCCGUAAAGCAAUUAAUAACAAACUCAGUAAGCCAAAGAUAUUAAAAUGCAUAUUCAUGACUUAA